AUGAACGGAACGGUAGAAAAUAAUACCAUGGCAAAUACUCCGCCCGUGCCUGGUGCAUCGGCUGCAGGCAACAUGUUGGCACAGCAAAAAGCAGCUCGCAACUUUAAGCUGCUGGUUGAUCCAUUCCUGCACAGGGGCACUCAAAAGAUUUAUCGCUACGAUGGUGUUGUGCCGGGAGACCCUUCCCAUCCGCCGGUUAUUCCUCGCGAUCCACGGAACCCAUUAGCCCGUAUUCGAUCCCGUGUAGAACCGCUGGACAUUCCUGUUCCGAGGUUUAAAAUUGAUCAGCACUACGUCGGAGAACCACCAGCAAUAGAAAUCACCAUAACGAAUCUGAACGACAACAUCGAUAAGCCAUUUCUAUCGGACAUGCUGGCGAAAUGCGGAACGUUUACCGAGCUGUACAUUUAUUAUCAUCCCGUAUCGAACAAACACCUCGGCCUGGCGCGUAUCGUGUUCGAGCAGGUUCGUUCGGCGUUAAUGUGUGUGGACAAGUUAAACGGCACAUCCGUAAUGGGCAAAGUGUUGAACGUAUUCAAAGACCCAUUCGGAGAGCAUUGCAAGCGUUUGCUGGAGGAAAAAACCUCCGAAAAGAAACCACCACUGCCGCAGCCUCCUCUUCCACCAUUACCUCCUGCUAGUUCCAAUCACCAUUCCCUCCCCAACCCGUCAGCGAGUGAUCCCCUUGGGCUGAAAGCGGCGCUAAAUUCGAGGCCACCCUACCGCAAAGCCCCGCCCGAACCGGACCAUGUGCCCGAAUCAUGGGAAAAGAAGGGCGUUUCUUCCCUUGGGGAAGAUACGGAACUUUGGGAUGCCGACGAUUUUUCUGGCAGCGCGGGCAAUAGUCAGGAUUCGAAUUACUAUAGCAAGGAGAAAAGCACUAGCCGUAGCCAAUAUGGUGGCGAAUGGGAUGACGAUGGACGCAGCCGGGAUGCGAAAUACUACGACGAUAAGGAUCGUAAACAUCACCAUCAUCAUCACAAGAGUGAUCGUGUACGAGAUCGGGAUCGCGAACGGGAAAAGGAUCGUGAUCGUGAUCGAUAUCGGGAUCGGGAUCGUGAACGGGAACGCGAACGCGAUCGAGAUAGGGAUCGUGAUCGGGAUCGUACACGCGACAGACAUCGGGAUCGUGACAGAACUCGAGAACGAGAUCGGGAUCGUACGCGUGAUCGUGAAUAUCGUGACCGUGAGUGGGAUCCAAAAAAGAGAAGCAAAAGCUAUCGUGAUUCGUGGUACGGUGAAGCAGACGGCUAUCCCACAGGCAGUCGGUACGAGGCCGGAUACGAUUACUAUUCUUCCUCGUACCCGGGAACCUCAGAGUACGGUAUGUACGGUUACCCGGCGUCCGAAAGCAGCUACGGUACGUCUUCAGUUUCUGCAAAGUGGGCUCCACCGCAGCCACCGCUUCCGCCACCGCCUCCACCGCCAGAAGAAAAUUGGGACAGUACUUCGAAACCGCCCGCACCGCCACCGCCACCGGUAAGCAAAAACAGUACCGGUAGCAGCGGUAGUUCUGCUAGCAAAACGAUCAUGGACGAUGGCGAAAUGUGGGACAUUGAAGCCGUUCCGUCGGCCACCGGGUCUAAGCCAGUGCCACCGCUUCCAUCAGCGUCACCUACACCACCACCGGAACCUAAAACAUCAAAAGUACCGGGUGCAAAUGACGAAGACAGUGGGAGCACACUCGAUUUGGACACACGGAUAGCACUGCUGUUCAAAGAGAAAACUUUUGGUGGAAGCUUUUUGCAAUUAAGUGACGAUGAGGACGAUGAUCGCAAACCCGAGAUUAGCGGUGUUGCUGCACAGGAAACCGCAAUCGUUGACACUAGUCACUUGAAGGAAGAACCCAUGGAUACUGAGGAUGUGCCGAUUACCCGUCGCCCACCAAGUCCUCCCCCACCCGUUGAAUCUGCGCAACCUCCUCCGCCAAUGCUUCCACCAGAUGAGGAUUCGAAUGAGCUCAAGAUUCCGAAACGGGAACCGAAAAUCGAAUGCCUGAAAGAGGAAGGCGCAAGCGAUAUUUCUUCGAGCGACGACGAGAUCCUGGCAAAUGAUGAUGAUAUUCCUGACGUUUCGCCACAGGAUGAAAAGAAGCGGCUAGCGACGGAGAAACCUCCGUUGCCGGGAUCGGAUGAUUCAAAGCUCGGUUUGAAAUCAGCGGCACCUCCACUUCCCAGUGAGCCUGCUCCGGCAGUUCCUCCGCCUCCGGAACCGACCGAAGGGGGCAGUUUUUCCUUUCUGUAUCCAACCAACAGUUACUAUAACUAUGCCGCACAGCAGCCCUCAUCUGCCGGUUCUGUCUACUACCAUGGCUAUCCCACUGGGUUCCCCGGGGCACCUUUAUUUAACACGUACGGCAUGCCAGCAUCUACCGGGAUGUACUAUUCGUCGGGCAAGCAACCAGGUUCUCAUGGGCCCGACGAUGGGCAUAAUGCUUUUAUCGAUGCUGGUGUAGCCACGAACCUGAAGGAUCGAGCGCGCGGUAGUAAACGAAACCGGUAUGAGGUGGCAAUCGAUUCCGUUGUGGAACGCGUAGUGGCAGAGCUGAAGCAGAUCCUAAAGAAAGAUUUCAACAAAAAAAUGAUUGAAAACACCGCGUUCAAGAAGUACGAAGCGUGGUGGGAUGAAGAGGAGCGUAAAAACAAGGGCGACAACAAAAGGACGUUGCUGCACGGAGCUGAAAUGUCCAGUUUAUCGAGUACCGGCGGACUUGGUGGCGCUGGUACGGCAGCGUUGAAAAUAGAGAAACCGCCCGACAUUAACCAUUUGCUGAGCCAAACGUACGACAACCUGGACAGCAAUGGGGGUAGUUUUGUGGGUCUUGGAUUGCGCGCUACCAUACCCAAAAUGCCCAGCUUCAGGCGUAUUCGCAAACAGCCGAGCCCUGUGCCCCAGGACGAAGAUUCGCGCAAGAGCGAUCAGGACGAUAUGGUGCGAGGAUCGGAUUCGGAGAAAGAAACAUCGAGCGGAACUACAGCAGGGCCGUCCACCACUACCGCAGGCUCAUCAUCCUCCGGUAAGGGAGGCGAUGCUGGCGAAUCUUCACCAUCCACUGAGACCGGUGGCCGGUCGCGAGGAACAGCAGAUGGCAGUGAAAUAGCGGGUCCUUCCCGCUCGGCGGAGAAGCGAAUGCCUAGCGUGUCAUCAUUUACCUCCAGCAGCGAAGAAGAGGACUCCAGUGCGACCGAUUCGGACGAUAGUCUUGAAUCGGGUUCACUGUCGGACGUGGACACGACGGUCACCGCCGCCGGAUACGGUGCGAAGCGGGCACGUGAACGGCGUGACAGGGAAAAUCGUAUCUAUUCCGACUCCGACAGCGACACCGUCGAUACGCAUCCGACUAAACAGCGUGCCGGAAACAGUUUUGGCUCGAGACGGUUGAAGGAUGGUGGAAAGGUGGUGGGCAAAAUAUACUCCGAUUCGGAUUCGGACGAUGUGAGUGUGCCAUUGCGCAAGGAGGUGCUUCCGGCAGUAUCCACCGAGCGAAGGCGCAGUCACAGCCGCAGUCGCAGCCCACAGUACAGUGGGCUUCCGGGCGUAAAAUCAUCGGCACAAAAAGCUAAACCAUCCGCUGCAAGACCACCCGUCGAUUCUUCGCUACUGCCAAAGCUUUCGUUGCAGGAACUGCACGAAGAUUUAUCGCCUAGUUCUGGCGAUGAGAUGUUGCUGAUGGAGGAUGACGAGCAGCCGCCGCGUACACCGGGCCGUGAAUCUCCAACCAAAGCGAAAAAUGUCACGAACAAUAGUGGCACAAUCGACAACAACGACAGCAAUCAGCACAACCACCAAAAAUCGUCUUCGUUCGGUAUGCUGGAUCGGAUCUACAGUGAUUCGGAUGAGGAGCGCGAGUAUCAGGAAAAGAGACGCCGUAAGGCGGAAUGUCUACAGCAGAUUGAUAAGGAGUGUGCGGAAGAGCUGGAGCGGAUGGCUAAGGAAAAGGUUGCCCGGAAACCGGCGACCGAAAAGGAUAAAGGAAUGGUGCCGGUUCCAAAAUCGUUGGCAUUGCUGGAUCAUAAGAAAUCGACCAUGUUGUCGUUUACAAGCGGUAAACCGUCUAGUCUGGAGGAACCGUUAACACCGAAUCUUUCGCAACCGCCUCCCACACCAGGUGCGGGUCUGAGCGAACUGCGAAAGAAUCCGCUGAGUUCACUAUUUGCCAGCAGUGAUAGUAAUGGUGGUAGUGGCGGUAUUGCGGAUACUGACUCCUCAACCCGUGAAGAUCAUCCGAAAAGCGAGCAAGCGUCACCAUCGACUAGUGCGAAGAAGAGAAAGAGUGGUGGUAAAGGAACGCUCGCCGGUAAAUCACCCAAAGGCACCUCCCGCAAAGGAUCUAUCAAGGAAGAUCUUAAUGGUUCGGAGCACGCUAAUACUCUACCAUCGUCGAGCGGGCCGACGGUACCGGGCGAUUUGGUACGUUCGGAUGACUUCUUUAUGGCGGGCAGCGAUGAGAACGUUCGACGAGCGGCCAAAGCGUCGCCGGCCUCAUCGGACGGUGGUUCCAGCCAGGCCAGUCAGGUCGCACUCGAUCAUUGCUACUCGUUACCUCCGUCCGCGUCACCAUCCUCAUCCUCACCGCAGCAACAGUCCGAUUCCUCGACGGCCAACACACAGACAAACAAAUAUGCACCUACGUCCAAAAACGUGCUUGCCCACGACCAUGGCUAUACGCACAAUAACGAUGGCGUACAGCCAGCUGCAAGUAAUCUUGCUACGCUGCCGAUGGUUUCCGAUGCGUCGAGUAAUGUCAUCGUUAAAACCGAUCCUUCGGUUGCUCCGAACGCUGGUCCGAAUCCGGAUGGCAGUGAUACCAUUGUGAUGAAACCACCGGUCCAAACCAAGCCAAGGAUUGAUCGUAAGCGACCGGAUAGGCAAUCGCUAUCCUUCACCGAAUUCGAUCCGACAGCGGAGGGCAUCCAGCUGGAACGGUUUGUCCCGGUGCCGAAAUAUCGACCGCGCGAGCUGGCCAACGAAAUGGGUCUGCUGUUCGAUUUCCUUACGCGAGGCAUCGACACCGAAGACAUUCGGUACAUUCGGCAGAGCUACGAGCUGUUGCUGAUGGACGAUGCAAGCAGUUACUGGUUGAACGCGACGCACUGGGUUGACCACUGUGGCACGGAUCGUAGUUUCGAGCCGGCACUGCUGGUGCCACCGCCGACGAAGCGGCGCAAGAAGGAUAAGGCGGGUGGCAGCGGUAGCUCGCUUGCCGACAUUAAGCUACACCGGACGGGCAGUGCCAGGACGGAAGGAUACUACAAGAUUGAUCCGCGUGAAAAGGCAAAGUACAAGUACCAUCACCUCAAAGGUACGGCCGCGGCGAACCACUUGAGCAACCUGGAACUGGCGAAGGCGGUCACGAAGAUGCAAGGCAUAUCGCGGGAGGCUCGUUCGAAUCAGCGCCGGUUAUUGAACGCGUUCGGGGCAAGUACGGAGUCGGAGUUGCUGAAGUUCAAUCAGCUCAAGUUCCGCAAGAAGCAGCUCAAGUUUGCCAAAUCGGCCAUUCACGACUGGGGACUGUUUGCGAUGGAACCGAUCGCGGCCGACGAGAUGGUGAUCGAGUACGUCGGGCAGAUGGUGCGCCCCUCGGUGGCCGAUCUUCGCGAAACUAAGUACGAAGCGAUCGGUAUCGGCAGUUCGUACCUGUUCCGGAUCGACAUGGAAACGAUCAUCGAUGCGACCAAAUGCGGAAAUUUGGCGCGAUUUAUUAACCAUAGUUGCAACCCAAAUUGCUACGCAAAAGUGAUUACGAUUGAGUCGGAAAAGAAGAUAGUGAUCUACUCAAAGCAACCGAUCGGGGUCAAUGAGGAAAUUACGUACGAUUACAAGUUCCCGCUGGAGGACGAAAAGAUCCCAUGCUUGUGCGGUGCACCCGGUUGCCGUGGUACUCUCAACUAAAUGCGUAGAUUCCUUCGGAUCACGCAUGCUGGGGCAACGGAAUAACAGCGUGACAUCGUCACUAGCCCCCAGUGCAAAAUCAUUAUGCGCUUUGUACAUUUCUUGUAUCUGUAUAUAUCUACUUUCAUUAGACGAAAAUGCUCAUCUGCACAUGCAGGUACCGGGUCGGAGCGAUUCUGAUACACAACUCACUCGGCUAGGCGAAACACGUACACUCUUGUUCAUUUUGCGCUUGCUUUUGAAAAUGUAUGCUUAUAUACAGUAGUUGAUACGGUAAGAGCAAUAGCGUACAGUGCGACCAUUAAGUUAAUGUCAUUGUUGUGUCCCUUUUUCUUUGCGAUCGCCUUUACAUUUAUCUUCUAUUUUUUAUAUGUUUUCGAUUCCCUUCGCUAACUUUGUUGGGGAAUCUCAAAAGGUGUUAAUAAGAUGAGUUAGUGUAAAUCUUGUGUUGUGGUAAUUAAAAAGUUAUGAAGAAACUAUGCAAACUAACAGGAGAUUUAAUCUUGAUCAUACUAGCUUAGGAAAUAAAGCGUACGAUUAGUAAAAUAUUAUUAAAAAUACAACUGAUGAACAAAAAACACACACACACACAUCCAUAAG